UGAAUGACAGCAUGGACUGGUCCUGACAAUGAUCAUGUAAUCCAGUAUGUUUUGAGAAUGUUUCAAAGAGCAUCUUGUGUGUUUACAUGGAAGCGGGGAAAAAGAAAAGAAAAUCUGUGCAAAGAUUUAACAUGAUCAGUGUCACUAAUUUGCUUACAUUUGAGAAAUUACAUAGAAAUAGUGCAGAUAUACAUUUUGCAGCAUAACUUUUAUGUAAAAUUUGCCAAAAUCUUAAUAACAUGUUUAUUUCCAGGUUUAACCCUUGUGCAUCCAUUUAAAACAGUUACUCAGAGGUCAUUAGAGGGCAAAAAUGUCUGUCAAAAAACUGCCAUAAUAAUAUUAUAUAUUAAUAUUAUUUUCCACUUUCAGUGAGUUAAUUUUUUUAACCAACAUCAGUCUUGAUCAUAAUUACCAAAUAUUCAUUCAUUUUCAGGAUUUUAACCCUUUAAAUGCCCGUUUGUUUAUAUAAUGCCACUGUUGUUUUUACACACACACACACACACAUUUCUCAGUACACACAUACAAAACACACACACACAAUUUUAGCUGCAUCAUUUAUUCAGUUGGCCUGCAGUGCUCUAUAAUACAGCAAACAGAAAAUAGGGGAAAAGCAUGUAUUUGCUCCAUAGGCUAAACAUGUGAAAAAUGGCGCCAUCUGGUGGAAAAUAUUAAACAUUUUCAUUUUGAAGCCAGGGCUUCUGAAUGAAAACAUAAUAUCAUAGAAUUCAUGAUUUUAUGCUUUAAUGGCACUGGGAUCAAAUAUUGCAGUUUCAAUGGGGACAUUUUUGUCCUGAAGGUCCUGAGUGGAACUAUUUUAUAUACACAAGUGUAUUAUAGAUAUAUUAUAGGAACUGAGGUUGAAAUGUCAAAAUUCCCCAAAAAAUACACACCUUUGGCAAAUUUUAUGCUGUUGGCAAAUGAUCAAAAAAACAAAAAUGAAAAAGACAAAUGUCCCGAAGGUCGCACUAAGUGUUAGUGGGGCCUCCACAUAUGUCUGGUUUCAACACAAGAUUAUCAUAAUCUUCAUUUUUAUAUAUUUGUAGUAAUUAUUCUGAUCUAUUUAAGAAAGUUUUUUUUGUUUUUGUUUUUUACCUAAUAUUUAAUGAUUUCGCUCCAUAUUUGUGAACGAGUUGUAAAUAGCGAGUGUCAGUUUUCCUCCACGCCUGCAGGGGGCGCGCUGUGACGUGGAAGUGACGCACGCUCAAAAAGCAACGUCAACUUCCUCAGACUGCGUAGAGUGGUUUAGAACAGUUAUUGGACGGUACACUUUUAUAUAUUUUUAGCGAUUAAAAUGGAUCUAGUUAUAUAUAUUGGAGCUGCAUGUAUUCUGCUCAUUCUUAUAGUGUUUGCUGUGAAAGUUCGUAGACGGACGGAAGAAGCAGCGGACCGUGAAGACCAUCAGAAUGUCGUGGCUCGAGUGGCAGCACGUCCGCAGGUGGCAGAAGAGCGGGCAGCAGGGAUGCCCCGUCGCCGUAGAAACCUUCAGAGCAGAAUGAGUGCCCAUCAACGAGUUCAGCAGGAUCCAUCAGACAACGAGGACAGUCCUGUGGAACCCGAUGAGAAUCAAGAGGACAGACAAGCAUCCGAAGAACGUCCUCAAGCUGCUGGAAAAGUUGGAGCAAAGAAACAGAGGAAGCUGGAGGAGAAACAGGCGCGAAGAGCUCAGAGAGAGGCUGAGCUGGAGGAACGAGAGGAGAGGAAGAAGAUGCAGGAACUCCGAGAACAAGAGAGACAGAAAGAAGAUGAGAAGGAGAGACUGCAAGAGCAGAAACGGGAGGAAGUGUUACAGCGAGCCAAAGAGGAGCAGGAGAGAAGAGAGGAGGAGGAGUACCAGAGGCUGAAGGAGUCGUUUGUGAUUGAGGAGCAGGGGGAGGCAGAGGAGCUCACAGAAAAUGAGUCUCGCAACCUGCUGCAAGAGUUCAUCCAAUAUGUCAAGACAUCUAAAGUGGUUUUGCUGGAGGACUUGGCAUCCCACUUCAGCAUGCGCACACAGGAUGCUAUUGCCAGACUUCAGGACUUAAUCGCAGACGGCUCCCUAACAGGGGUGAUCGAUGACAGAGGGAAGUUUAUUUUCAUCACGCCAGAGGAGCUGAAUGCUGUGGCUCAGUUUAUCAAACAGAGAGGAAGAAUCUCGAUCUCAGAACUCGCUCAAGCCAGUAACACUCUCAUAAACCUCACGCCUGAGAUACAGAGUAACGCGUGAAGUUAAAAUACUGUUUGUCAAAAUGUGUGAGGGACACCUGAACCUAAAAUGAAAGUUGUCUUUGUAAAGUCCUGUAAAUAAAGUGGGAUGCAUUACUCA